AUGGCCCCAAAAUUCAGAGACGGGGAUACGGUGAUUUCCAUUAACGGAAAAUGGGUCUCCUGGGCGCAUACGAUUGUAGCCUACACGGCGUUCCUCGGCGCGUUGAUUGUCGGAAUGUCCCUUCACUUUAACAAAAUCGUGCAGAACGAGUACUUUGGGUAUCCUCAAGAGUGGUUUCCAUCGGUAUCUGCCACCAUCGGUGAUCGCUAUCCAGAGCGAUCAGUGUUCCAAGUCUUUAUCGCAAUUACAUCUGGCCCUCGCUUUGCGCUCGUCUUCCUGUGGUACAUUCUCACUGCACGACCCAGCUCCAGUCUCCCCAAAUUCGUUGCGGCCACGGGGCUCUUUAGAACGUUGACUUGCGGUGGCUGGACCUAUAUCACUUCGACUGACGACCAUGACUGGCACGAUAUCUUUAUGAUUUCGUAUCUUGUGGCUACCCUCCCGUGGACGUUGGGAUGUCUUGCGCUCAGCCCGAACAACCCAAAGGCCCUGAAAUAUCGAAAAAUAUUUGCCGGCCUCUUUUUCGGCACCCUCGUUCCCCUCGUCUAUUACUUCAUUCAGCACAAAGUCCAUAAGAUUCCUGGUGCUUAUACCAAAUAUGCUUUCUUCGAAUGGUCACUUAUCCUAUUCGAUGUUGGUUUUGAUGCAGUGACCGCUCUUGAUUUUGAAGGGUUUGAGCUCGUAAUAAAAGAUGUCAAGGGUGUUAGCAGAGGGUCAGCAAAGACAGCCAGAGAUGCCGUUAUUGAAAAAGAAAAGAGUGUUUCCGUUCGACACUCCCUUGGAGAAGGUUUCUUCUUUUCCGAAGCCGUCGACGCUGCCGCAGAUAUUUACAAUGGGUUUGUCUUCUGGUCCAUCCUUACGUCUCUCGGGGUGUUGGUGUGGUACUUCCCCUUAUGGAACAUGGGGAUAUCAGGCUACGAACUGCUUGUCAUGAGCACUAUUUCACCAUUCUUUCUAGCGAUCCCGGCGUUGCAAUCGUUUGCGAUCCAAAACGUUCGGUAUCUGCAUUUGUUAGCUCUCGCCGGACUCCUCGCAUACAACAUCCACCAUCCCGUCUUCCGCCUUUUCACCGUUGGAUUCGCCGUGUCCACGAGCUGCUUGGCGUGGACCGCCACUUGGUACUCGGAACGUACCCAACCGGCACGCCUAGAGGCUCGUGUUAUCGCCUGGACUAUCGGGUUGCUUGCUUCUAGCAUCGCGAAAUACGCAUUCCAUACUAACAAUCCAAUUUGGCCUAUUCUCCACCCAGGAAAUGGUGGAUGGAAUAAGACCGCUUUCGGUCUUGCGGUGUUCUCUGUGUUGCGAUCUACUCGGGCCAAAAACAAUAUGGUCGAUUAUUUCGCUUCAAACGGCAAAAAGGGCCCCUCUCUUCUCGCCGCCAUGGGCCUGGGCGGUCUUUUCUUUGCUCUGCACUCGCUUCUAUCAGACUCUAGUACCAUGAUAUCCUGGGUAUGGGAAGGCUUCCCAGUUAGGGGACCGAUUGCCGUGCCGCAUGGUUCAGUUACAAUCCUUGCUAUGGGAGCUGGCGCGGUUUUCGGCUUAAAUUAUCCUCGCUUUUCUGGAAGUUGGGUGGCUUUCGGCCUGGGAUCAGUCGGGGCGGCUACGCUGACAUGCUAUUCGCACUGGAGAGGCUUUUCAGGCGCCGUUACCUUGUCGAUCUACCUUAUGGCUGUUGCUCCAGUUCUGAUCCGCUCUGCGGUGCGACAUUCUCCUGCAAAAACCUUUGGCUUGGGAUUUCUGAUUUACAAUUUCAUGGUCCUUUUCCAUGUUUGGGUGGUCGCAUACGCCUUCGUCCCAGGAGGUCCACUCGUGAGAGAGCAUACUGACUGGGUUAUGGCCACCACCAUGCUCCUCAUUGGAGCCGGAGUUUUUUCUGCUUCUGUGUCGAAGGAAUCACCUUUCUUAUCCAAGAACAAGAAAGCGGCGCUCUUCAACAAAAAACAACGGUCUUAUUACUAUUAUUGCCUUGCUGUCCUGCAACUGAUUUCUUUUACUACUUCUUACCUUCGGUUCCCAACAAACGACUAUACACCAUACCAUAAGGAAGAAAAACUCGUCACAGCAGGAAUUUGGACUGUUCACUUCUCGCUAGACAAUGAUAUGUGGUCGUCAGAAAAGCGCAUGCGUGAUGCCAUUAAGGACUUGGAGCUUGAUGUGGUGGGCUUGCUGGAAUCCGACCUCCAGCGAAUCAUUAUGGGCAACAGAGACACAACUCAAUACCUCGCCGAAGACCUUGGAAUGUAUGUCGACUAUGGCCCGGGUCCAAACAAGCAUACGUGGGGAUGCGCCUUGCUUUCGAAAUUCCCAAUUCUUAACUCCACUCACCACCUGCUGCCUUCGCCGGUUGGCGAGCUUGCGCCUGCCAUUCACGCCACUUUAGAUAUGUACGGAGAGCAUGUGGAUGUUGUUGUUUUCCAUUCUGGCCAGGAGGAAGAUCCUGAGGAUCGCAGGCUUCAAACAGAGUAUCUCUCGAAAUUGAUGGGCGAGUCGCCGAGACCAUUGAUUUUACUCAGCUAUCUCGUCACAAAACCGCUCGAGGGUAACUAUAACACAUAUGUGAGCGAACUUAGCGGAAUGAAGGACAUUGAUCCCAGCGACUGGGAUCGCUGGUGUGAGUAUAUUCUCUACAAGAGAAUUCGUCGGGUUGGGUAUGCUAGAGUGAGCCGCGGCACUAUCACCGACACUGAACUCCAGGUUGGAAAAUUUGUCGUCGGUCAACCGGAGGGAACGAGUCAGCGUAUUUCUGAGGAGCAGAUGCCCGUUGGGAUGCGUUUCCCAGCUCUGUUCCGUGGCAACGGCGUCCGUGGACAUCGGUAUCAUGUUUUUGAUGAACCAAGAUACUAUAACUAA